CUGGUCUCAACCCAUAAGCAAAACACCCAACCAGCGACGAGAGACACUAGUACCCCUCUCCCUCCUUGAUAAACACCCCCCCACAAUCAUGUUGCGCACAGCAAAACCAAAAACAGCCGCCGGAAAGCGGGCCCUCAAAAAGAGGGAGCCCCAGGUCAUAGAGGGCGCUAAACCCGCCCUCUUCAUGAAGGGUACAAACACGUCUCAGCUGGUUACCGCUAUCUUUAGGGACUUGUACUCCCUAAAACGCCCCGACGCAACCCUCUUCUCCAAGCGCAACGAACUCCGCCCCUUCGAAGACCCCCGCCCCCUCGAAUUCUUCUCCACCAAAACCGACGCAUCCCUCCUCGUCCUUGCCACCCAUUCCAAAAAACGGCCCCACAACCUUACAUUCGCACGCACAUUUGACCACCAACUGCUCGAUAUGAUCGAAGUUGGCGUGGAGAGGGGCCUGCCGAUGGAGUUUGUCGAUGGACCUAAAAGUGCUCUUGGGCAUCGGCCGUUGAUUCUUUUUGCGGGGGAUGCGUGGGAUGGGUCUGACGAGCUCCGGACUUUGAAAUCGAUCCUGUUGGAUAUGUACCGCGGCACAGCAACACUGGAAGGCAUUGACCUCGCGGGGAUCGAGCACGUGCUCUCGCUCACCGCCGUCGACUCGAAAACGGUGAAAUUGCGCACGUACACGAUCCAGCUGAAGAAGAGCGGGACCAAAUUACCCAGGGUGGAGUUGACCGAGAUGGGUCCGGCGGCGGAUUUGGUGGUUAGGAGACAUCGCGGUGCGGACGGGGAGACUUGGAAGGCCGCUACCAAGAUUCCGAAGGAACUGAUGCAAUCGAAAACGAAAAACAUCGAACGCAACGCGCUCGGCGAUAAGGUCGGGCGGAUCCACAUGCACAAGCAGGAUCUGGACAAGCUGCAGACGAGGAAGAUGAAGGGGUUGAAGAGGGGGGCUGAUGAGAAGGAUAAUGAGGGGGAGGAGGAGGAGGGGGAGGCGCCGGCGUUUGUCAAGAAAGUUAGGGUUGAGUGACGGGGUUGCGAGGGAGGUGUGGGCGGCGGGGGAUACCCGCGCGUUCACAUUGGUUUGGCACCACAUACAGGAGGCUAAGGUAGGCCGCGAUACAUAGCACGUAGCACACUCGAAAGCAACGCACCCUAUUUAUAUUUAUCAAAAGUUCUAUUUUCAUCGCACACGAACCUGUGCACUAAAAGGUGUUUCUACGAGCUAUUUUGCUUUAUAGAGUGCACCAUGGAGAACCGAAUUGAAAU